AUGACCUCCCGACUCCUGACUCUCCUGGCAUUCUACGCCACGGUUGCAGUUGCGGACUUUCCAUGGCUGAGCCCUGUGUACGAUCAGAUCUUCCAGGUCGCUUUGCCCAUUCCUAUCGUGAAGGUGCCCCUGAAGACACACACAAGCCCAGCCACUGGAUUGCCUAUGGACUACUACGAAGUCGAGAUUAAGCCUCUUGAAGUCCAAGUCUAUCCCAAAUUGGGCAAGACUAGACUCGUCGGCUACGAUGGUCAAAACCCAGGUCCAACGUUCCACAUGACGAGAGGUCGUGAGGCGGUUGUGCGUUUCAUCAACAAUGGCGAUCGUGCAAACUCAGUCCAUCUUCAUGGUUCUUACACUCGUGCUCCCUUUGACGGCUGGGCUGAAGAUACUACUGAGCCGGGACAGUACAAGGACUACUACUAUCCUAACGGGCAGAAUGCAAGGACUCUUUGGUACCAUGAUCAUGCAAUCGACCACACUGCCGAAAACGCAUACUACGGUCAAGCAGGCUUUUACAUCCUGCAUGAUCCCGAUGAGCUGAAGAUCCCAGGACUGCCUCAAGGCGACUUCGACAUACCGCUAGCUCUGGCAGCCAAGCGAUACAAUCCUGACGGAAGCCUCUGGGACCCUGAAGCGAACAACGAGGAGACCAGUGUAUAUGGAGACGUCUUCCACGUGAAUGGACAACCAUGGCCCUUCUUGAAGGUAGAACCACGAAAGUACCGGUUUCGUGUAUUGAACACUGGUAUCAGUCGGUCAUAUCAACUUUACUUUGAGCCCGACAAGACACCCGGCACGAGGUCCCAGAUGACCGUCGUCGGAUCCGACGCGGGCUUGACCCAGAGUCCCGUCAAAACCACUCAGCUUGACAUUUCCAUUGCUGAGAGGUGGGAGAUCGUUUUUGACUUCACUGGCUUCAGCGGUCAAAACGUGACGCUGAAGAAUAAUCGACAAGUCGCUGCUGAUAUUGAUUACAACAGUACUGACAAAGUCAUGCGAUUCGUAGUGGGUACCGCCACUACAGGCAUAGUGUCCAAGGACGAACUUCCUGCUGUCUUGCGAACAGUGCCUUUCCCGACCCCGAAGACUGGCAUCGACCGAAGCUUCGAGUUCCAGCAUAGCAACAGCAGGUGGCAGAUCAAUGAUCAUGUCUGGUCUGAUGGCCCCGAGGCUCGUGUGUUGGCAAAGCCUGAGCGAGGAGCCAUUGAAGUGUGGGAACUCAAGAACGGAGGCGGAGGCUGGUCGCAUCCUAUCCACAUUCAUCUUGUCGACUUCCAAAUCACCAGUCGGGUUGGAGGCCGAGGUCAAGUCCUGCCCUACGAAGCGGUGUCAUUGAAAGAUGUCAUAUGGCUUGACACUGGAGAAACUGUCAAGGUAAUCGCGAGAUAUGCUCCAUGGGAUGGGCUUUAUAUGUUCCACUGUCACAACCUGAUACACGAGGAUCACGAGAUGAUGGCAGCCUUUAACGUCACCGUCCUAGCAGACCUAGGCUACAACGACACAACCCGCUUCCUCGACCCCAUGGAACCCCGCUACCGCGCAGUCUCCUACCCAGCCUCCGAUCUCGCCGCCCGCACAGGUGCCUUUUCUGACUCAGCAAUCAAUGACAAAUUAGACUUCUUCGCAAAUUUGGAUGCGUAUGCUCAUGAGGCUGAUGCUGAUGCGGCGUUGGUGUCGUAUUGGAAGACUCAUGUUGCUGGUGUGGGUAGUACGCUUUCUACGAGUACGAAGUCGAGUUCUACGGUGGGGAGCUCGAGUUCGAGUUCGAAGACUAGUGGGACGAGCAGUGGGUCGAGUAGUGGGAAGGCGAGCACUACUACCACUGUAAAGUCGAGUACUACAAAGACAAGCACGACGAGCAAGUCUUCAGGCGCGACCAGUGCUACCUAGCGCGUUUUUAAUAGUGCUACUGUUUGAUGUUGCGGCUUGGGUGUGUUGGGAUCACGAUACAUUACUCUCGGUGUGUGCGACAUUUUGCUCGCACCACAUCUUGAUCCUGCUGUAGUGCGUACCAUCGAUCGAGAUCUCAGGGAGUAACGGGUCACUGGGCUGCUGCGAGGGGAGAUGACAUAAGGGGCCAGGCUAUGUGACAGUAAAGAUCAGGUCCGUUCAAUCAGUGCGAACUGUUGCAGAACCGCAAUGAGCUUU